GAAGAAGAAGCCUGAAGGAGGAGAGAUUACUAGAAAGGACCUGUGGAUUUCAGAACAUACUCAAGAGAACGUCCUUGGAGAUGCAUAUGCAUAUUGAGAAAACACCCAUUGACUCGUGACGAAUGGGAGAGGGUCCAUUCAGAGAGAAGUGCAAUAGCCAACCAAGGAGCAACCAGGAUAACUGAAGGAGUCUGGAUAUGAUCUGCAGUUGCAGAUGAACUUAUUGACCAAGUUCUCCUGGAAGCCUUUGACAACAUGGAGGAAAGUUGGGACAGCGUAGAUGAAGCAGGACACUACAAAACAGAUGCAGCUAGACAUUUACCAAGCUGUUCAUGUCAGCAAAUCACUGAACACAAGGGAACAGAAGUGGGAGAAGAGAUCUUGACUGACAAUACGUAUAAGAGCGUGACAGCAUUUAAGGUGAAGGAUGAUGAAGGCUCCGCUCCUUUUUCGGCCAUCCACAGUCGUUCAAAGAUCAUGGCUCAAGACCUUCAACAAAAGGCGACAGAGAGGAGGGCAACAGAGGUCACCCACGAUAAGAGUCCUUCCUUCUCAGAAAGAUCAUGCCCUGUGGGCCUAGCAAAUGUUCAGGAAAUAUGCAUUUUGUCUUCUGGAUUUGAUGUAAAAAAGAACAGAGGGAGAGUUUCUGCUGCAGUGGAGGUUGGCACUACAGUUUCUUUCCCCCCCUCUUCAAGCAAUCUGUCAAAAAACAUAAAGGGAAAUGUCACACUUUCACCCACAGAGAAGGUUGCUGUGACUCCAGGGUUAUCAAGUGACCACGCACAAUAUUCAAGAGAGGUAGUGGACGAGAAAACCGAUGCUGUUUCCCAUCAAACGUUACCACUUGCAGAUACCAAGAAAGGAAAAGAGAAAACGUCCUUUAAUACCCUUUUGCCUGUGAUGGAAAAGCAACAAAAGCGAAAAGCUGGUCGGCCAUAUAAGAAGAAAACUCUAGUGAAAAUGGCUAAACUUUUAGCAAUUGGCCAAGAACGGGAUUCAGAUGUCACAGAAAUACGCAGGGUGACUCUAACACCCUCAUGCGAACAAACAAAAGAGAAGAAAAAGGAUGAAACGUUAGAGUUUCCCUCAACUACCUCAAGUGACACGUGCUUUGGAUGCAAUUCAACAUCUGAUUCUUCAAACCACCUUACUAUUGCACAUUCAGAUGACAUCAUUUCUGCAACUCAAAUAGCCGCACCAAGUAUUUCUAUGGAAUUUAACCAACCCUCCAGGAUACAGAAAACUUCAAAGACCACACAAAAAGAAGAAUUAAAAAUAGAAGAAGUGUCGGCGCUGAAAUUGACCACGGUCACAAAGGGGCAAUAUUCUCCUAUAGAACAAGCUCUGACACAAAACACCUUGGUGCCAUCUGAGAAUGCAUUGAAAGUACAAAAGAGACCUGGAAAAAAUAAAGCGAUGAUAUCCAAAGGAGGAAAUAGAAGAACUCAGGCAUUCAAAAGAAACAGAAUGAAUCCGAGCAGCCUCUUCACCCCUCAGUCACAGAGUAGCAAUGCUACACCCCAAGAAAAAAUACAUUUGGGACUCGCUCAAGACGCGACUCCAUUGCAGUCAUCAGAUAUAAAAGUGGAGCCCAAAUACUUGUCAGACACUGCUGUCUUGGAUGUAAAGAACAAUUUGAAGGAACACCAAAAAAGAGAACCUCCCUCCAAAAACUUUACGGAAGGGAGUGUUAAAUGUCCUGGUAUAAUGUCAAAAUGCUUUGACUUUUCUAUCACUCAAAAAGACCAGGGGGCACAAAGUGACAUGAAGAGGGAAAUCAAAGAUAAUGUAACUGCUAACAUAUCAGCUGUAGGAAACCAGGGGGAAAUGACUCCAAGAACUCGAGAGCUCUCAAGACGAAAUACUAUUGAGGAUGUGCUCAAAUUGAAGCGGAAAGCUGGUCGACCAUUCAAGACAAAUAGGUUGUUUAAAAUGGAUAAGCUGGUAGCGAUAGCACAGGAAGGCAGAAUUAAUGAUACAGAGAAUAGUGGCAUGACUAAAGAGUGUGUUCCAAAAUUCCCUGCAUAUCACCCCCUAAAGUCAAAAGUAAAGAAGGAAAAGACUGACACAAAAACCUUGGCAUCAAAUUCACCUACAAGCCCCUCAAGAAAAUCCAGCAGAACAUGUAAAACUACCCCAAAAACUGUUCAAAAGAUGCAAGUCCUCACACACACGCUCGCCCAAUCAGUUUUAUCAGUUCCAUCCAAUCUUAUUGAACCUAUUCUCAAAUCAGAGGACACAACUCUUAUCUCCUCAACGGUCUCUCCAAUUCUUUUAUGUGGUGCAGAGAUUUUCCCUCAACAGGAAAGCCACAGAUGCGUGAAACCCCCGAAGAAAAACACAAAAGUUAACAAAAACAUGACCACUGCAGUCCCACAUCCUCCAAUAUGUGCAGUAGUUUCCAAGGCCCUUGCUGAGAUUGUUUCUUUACCAUUCCCUGUAGAGACAAAGAAAGACAUUGGAUCCAAAAGAAAAUACAAACAGGUGCCUAGAACUUCUGGUGUAUCAGAAUUGCUGUGUACAAAUGGAAUUCCUCAGGGAGAUAUACAUACCCAAUCUAAUAGGGAUGAGGUAUAUUCCAAGACUUCAGCCCCAACUGUGCCACAAUCCCAGAACACACGGAAGCGUAAGGUUCAAAAUAAAAAAGGUACAGAGAAGGCAGCUGUCCCAUUAUCUGAUGAAACUGUCCUUCCAGUUUCAGAUUGCCAGUUGCAGGUGCAAAGUCACAGUGUGUCUCAGGCAACGCCUUUACUGCCAUCAAAGAUUAAGACGCAAUCGGACACAUUACGCCUGACACCUAGAACGGUUAGGAAGAAAAAUCCAAAGACGUGUAAGGAAAUAAAAAAAACUUCACCGAAAGUUGAGAAAGCACAGGUGCCAUCUCUGGAUCCUUCACUUGGAGUGGAACAUGUAUGUCAUGAUGUGUCACAUGCGGAUCAAAUGAGACAAGUGGAAGCAGUGAUAGAGUCAGUCAUUGAGGAUCUCCACAAACCACUGAAACAUGUGAGUCAUAGAAAAAAGAUCAAAGAAGAGGCUGGCAAUGUUCUUGCAUUAACUCUGAAUCCUUCACUUGAAGUGGAACAUAGAACUCCCGAUGUGCCACACGUGGAUCAUAUAAGACAAAUGGAGUCCGUGAUGGUGGAUCUCCACAAAAAAGAGGUCAGGGAUGUUUCUGCAUCAGCACACUCAACCUUUCUUGCCUCAGAUAAUCUGUUUGAACCACAUAACCAUAGUGCAUUACCUCAAAUGCUUCUGCUGCCAUCAGAGAUGAAGACAGAAUCAGGCAGAAUCAAUAAUGCCAUACCCAGAACUCCUGAUGUGCCACAAAUCGAUCAUGUAAGACAAAUGGAAGCGGUGAUAGAGUCAGUGAUUGAGGAUCUCCACAAAAAAGAGGCCAGUAAUGUUGCUCCAUUAAAACCAACCCCCUUUUCUGCCUUGGGUAACCUGUUGGAACAGCAUAACCAUAGUACAUUACCUCAAUCUUCUUUUAUGUCAUCCGGAGAGGAAAAAUCAGGCUUGAAACAUGCAACACCCAAAACGGCAACAAAAAAUAAGUCAAAAACAUUCAUGAAAGAGAAACGUACCUGCAAAAGCUAUUCAAAGAAUCCUAAGAAAGCAGCUAUGCAAACUUCAGUUCCUACAUCUGACACAAUGCAUGUGUCAACAGUUAAGAAGAAUUCAAAUAUUUGUAAAGAAAGAAAAAGAUCUUCACAGAAAGUUGAAAAACCACAGGUGUCAUCUCUGGAUCCUUCCCUUGUAGUGGAACAUAGAUGUCCUGAUCGAAUAAGACAAGUGGAAGCAGUGAUAGACUCCCUGAUUGAGGAUCUCCACAAACCACUCAAACCUAAUGGACAACAAAAAAAGUUUAAAGAAGAGACCGGUAAUGUUUCUGCAUUGGAACAAACAGCAUUUCUCGCCUCAAAUAACCUGUUGAAACAGCAUAACCAUAGUACGUUACCUCAAUAUUAUUUUAUGUCAUCCGGAGAGACGAAAUCAGGCUUGAAACAUGCCAAACCCAAAAUGGCAACAAAAAUUAAGUCAAAAGCAUGCAGUAAAGGGAAACUAUUUAAAAAUGCUAAGAAAGCUGCUGUAAUAACUUCCGAUCCUUCUAUUGGAGUAGAGAAUGGAUGUCUUGAAAUGCCUUCCCACCUUACCCAAGCAGAGAAAGGAGGAAAGGGAGAUGGAAAAACCAAUAAAUAUGUAGGAAAGCAUGAAAAGGAAGCAGUGAUAUCAGUGACCGGUGAUCAUUUGGAAACAGCAGCCCACAAACCACAUCAACGUAAGGGGCCAAGAAAGAAGCUAAAAGAAGAGGACGGCAGUGUUUCCAAACCAGAACAAGUAGAAUCUACUACUUCAGAUAGCCAGCUAAAACAGCAUGACCACAAUGCAUUACAGCAAGUUUCUUUGCUCGUAUCGGAGGCAAAGACAGAAUCGGGAAUAGAGCAUGUCAUUCCAGAAAUGGAAAUAACAAGUAAGCCAAAAACAUGCAGGAAACGGAAACUCCCUUCAAAAGCACUCUCAGGAAAUGCUAAAAGAGCAGCUAUGCGAACUUCACAUCCUACUCUUGGAGCAGAAGUUGGAUGUCUUGAAAUGCCUCCCCACCUUACCCAUGCAGAGCGAGGAGGAAAGAGUGAUGGGAAAACCGAUAACAAUGUCGCUAAACGUAAAAAAGAAACAGUGACAUCAGGGGAAACAGCCCACAAACGACGUAUGGGGUCAAAAAAGAAUCGAAAAGAAGAGGAUAACAAUGUUCCCAUAUCAGAACAAGCAGCAACUCUUACCUCCGAUAAACAUUCAAACCAAGUUGCUGUGCUGGCAUCAGAGAUACAGUCAGGAUCGAGCAGUGGACAUGUCACACCCCCACAAAAAACACAGAUUUCAAAGGCAUGCAAGAAAAGGCAAAUACUAUCCAAACAAAGCUCAAAGAUCACUGAAACUCCAACCCCACCAAGUUCAAAACCAUCUCUUGGAGUGGAAUAUAGAUUUUCUGAAAUGGCUACCACUUUCACACAUGUGGACCAGGUUCAGAAUAUUCUUGAUACUCCUAAAGGCUCCAACGUGAGUAAUGAAAAUACUGGUUCAAGCCAUCCAAUAUCCAAUGUAAGACAUUCCAGACGGCCCUCCAAAUCUAAUUCACGUAUCACAACUGACUUGAUGCGAGAUCAAGCAAUUUUAUCAGUUACAUCACAUCUCACUAAUCGACCUACCACUCCUGUAUCAGCAACAGUGUCCUCAACUGCAGCACAAGGACAGAUUACUGAAUUAGUGAGUGCUCUUUGUACAGAGAAAAGGCCGCAUAAAAUGGGGAGGCCUCCUAAGAAGAAAAGGUCUCAGAGACCAAAAGGAACAGGUCUUGAUAAGAAUAUCGCAGAUGACGACAAAGUGUGUGUUAAAUUCGUAUCACCAUUUGUGAAAGAGGAACUAAUUGAGGAAGAAAAAAGUCUAGAAAAUAGGGAAAAAGAAAAGAACGGCAAAGGGAAGAAAGGCAAACCUAAACCUAGCCAAUCUCCGGUGAAAGAUGGCAAUGCAUUAACAGAUGACAAAUUAGUUUUACAAGUCCCUAUAGAUGAAGCAGGGGACUCUCUAUCUAUUGCAAUAGACCCAAUCAGUGCUGUGAUUCCCAAACAUAAAAAAGGUGGUCGUAUUGCCAAGGGUAAAAGAGUGCAAAAAAUUGAAUCCACACCCAACAUCCCCAGUGACCAGCAAUGCAUGAAUAUGUCCCCAGAAGAAACAUCUCUGUGUCUCAGCAAUAUAUCAGAAAAACACAAAAAACGAAAAGUUGACAGCAGCAGUGCUGAUAUUGUUCAUGCAGAUAUAAAUGUUCCAAAUCUUCAAGAUGAUCUUAGUGAUAGAUCUGAAAUACUGGACUCAUCCUUACUAGGGACUCAGAGGGUGAAGAACAAGGGUAAGAACACAUCCGAGACAAUUGCAGAAGAACAGACAGUGGCCACAUCAGUGGUAAAAGAGAUGGUGUGGCUCGAUUUACAGACCACCAUAGCAGCACUGAAAAAGAAACGAGGUCGGCCAUUCAAGAAAAGUACCUUGACGAGAAUGGCAAAACAGCGGUCAUGUGAACAGCAGGAGUCAAACACUAGCAGAAAAUGUUCCGUGAACAAGACACAGAGCUGCAAAUCAAUGGGAACUUCUAAGCGAGGGAAAAUGCACAAAUUCAACCCAAUGUCAACAACUUCAAGAAGGCAAACUAGAGCAUCCGUGGCAAGGAAGAAUGAAGACCUUGUUCUUAAACAACAGCAAGACGACAUAUGGGAGAUCAUUGAUGUAUCCAGCAACAUUUUCUCCCCAAUUGUGACUAAUUCCCGCAGUAUUUCAGUGCAAGAAAUCGACACUUCAGAAACUAUUUUCUCUGUUGAUGCAGGGGCGACACAAGGAAUCCGGCAAGUUGAGUCUACCCCAUUAACAACCCCUCUCCCAAAAUUACCUCACAAAUUGACUGGCGUGAAGAAGAGACGCAGGAGAAAUAAAACGGGAUGGGCUACAAAAGUGAAAUCCAAACGACCUCUCUCCGAAGUGAACUGCGGGGGUACGCUUGAGGUGUUUCUUCAGUCUUCCAUUGACAACACUGGAUUCUCGUUCAACUCUAGCCUCUGUAAUUCGUUAACAGAAAAUGACACGUUGGAAAGUGUUGAACAAGAGAAAGAAUCUAGAGCACAUGUGAAAGCAGUAACAAACUGCAAUAGAGUGUGUGUGGAGGAGGAGAUCAACUGUGGCGAUCAACCCCUAACAGCUCGUGCUAAAUUGCAGCAUUCAAGUGUACUCCUACACAAUUUUAAGACCAGGAAACCUAUGUCAUGCCAUUUCUGCAGUCGCUCGUUCCGUCACAUAACGGCAUACACAAUUCACAAGCGCAUCCACACAGGUGAGAAGCCGUACGGUUGCCAGAAAUGCGGCAAGAGCUUUGCUCAUCUCUCCAAACUCAAAUCACACUCAAACAUCCACAAACAACAUGGGCCCAUUCAAUGCCCAUGUUGCGUCACUCAGUCGCCAAACAAAGAUGACUUGAUUGAUCAUUUCAAGAUCCACAUGAAGGGCACCAAGAGGUUCAGUUUGAUUAAUAAAACAAGAAGAGACCAAGAAAUCCAGAUUCAACCUUACACUGAUUACAUAGAGUCCCCAGUCUCUCUUAAUGGCAGGAAAUCCCUUAGAUGCUCCACUUGUUUAAAAAAAAUUUUCAAUAAGGCCACAUUGAAGCUGCACCUACAAACACACAGUGGAGUGAGGCGUUUCACCUGCAAAGUCUGUGGCAAGAUGUUUAUCACGUUCUCAAGUUUCAGUGCACAUGAGAAAACACACUGGCCUGUUAAACCGUAUGCUUGCUCUGUGUGUGGAAAAGGCUUUGGUCUGCUUAGGGAGCUAAAAACCCACUCUCAUAUGCACUCAGGAGAGAUGCCUUUCUUCUGUAACCACUGUGGUCAGGCCUUUAGCGACUUCUCAUCCUUGCGCACACAUCAAGUCUCCAAAGUGUGUUUUGAGGCUAGAGAUGAAGGGGAUGGAGACAAGGUUGACAUUGAGGGGUUCCUGGUGGAGCAAAGGGCCGAUGGGCAGAUUAAUACCCCGAUGUACUUUAAAUGUCAGAUUUGCAAACAGCUUAAUCGUCACUGGUGUCAGUACAUUCUUCAUCUGCAAACGCACACUAAUAGCAAGCCAAACCUUUGUGAGAUCUGUGGACAACGGUAUGAGGUUCCUGAAGUAUGUGUUCAUUGUAAAGUGUGCUGCAAAUCAAGUGGAGAGGAGAGGGCAUGCAAUUCGUCCUUGUCAGAGGUCUGGCAUGAACCCCAAACUCUGCAAAAUCCGAUGCAUGUGACUGAAAUAGAUUUUCUGUGCAACGAUAAUCAGGAAAUGUUAUCUACUGAUGACCAACAUCCUAAAUGUAAGGAGCCUGAGCCUCUGCCACCUCUGGAAACUACGGAGGAGUAUUCCUCAGAUGUGCUUCCACAAAACCCCAAACCUGCUUGCCAGACCACAGGUAAUGGGUCAGAGAUAAAUCGACCUUCUCCCUCAAACUCCAUGUGUGCAAGUUCUGCCAUAUUGUCCCCCUCUGUAAUGAGCUGUAAUUCAGUACGUGUGGUUCAACAGCCUGCAGGUUUUCGCUCUCGUUUUCAGACCCAUGCUCCUUGUGACAGAUAUCCCCGUGGAAAAUUUGGAAAAUCCUUUAACCAGUGGAAUAAGCUCUGGUUGCAUCAGGGACUACACAGAGGAAAACGCUGUAGCUUCUCUUGCACUCAGUGCAAUUUAGAGUUUCGCUUCUUUGGCUCCUAUCGGGAGCACCUGCAGGAACAUGCAUCGCAGAGACCCUACGUUUGUCCGUUAUGUCCCAAAACCUAUGUCACCGAAGAAGACUUAAAUACCCAUCUGUGCAAAAAUCACCCGCCGUGCGAAAGCCUGAAAUGUGACACGUGUGAAAAGGGUUUCGCCAGUUUCAGAAAUUUGGAGAGACAUCGUCUCUUACACAGAGGUGCUAGCACGCACUAUUGUCUCCCUUGCAAGCUCCCAUUUCCUAGUUACCUAGCCUUAAGGAAUCACUUGAAGGCUCACAAAGCCCGCCCUGUUAUCCCUGUCCCUGAAGGGCCAUUGGAACCACUUCGAUUUCCCUAUCACUGUAGAAAAUGUAAUGGCAGAUUUACAACCACAGACUUGCUCCAAGCCCAUCAGGUUUGCCAUCUUAUAGGGGGGAAGAAAACAUAUAGCAGUUCAGCAAAUGUAGUUUCUUCUUCCCUGACCUCCAAGCUCUCAAACAAACCACGAGAGAGAGUCACGCCUCUAUCCCCUACGACAGUACCUAGUCUUCUCCUGUCAAAGAAAAGGAACAUAUAUAGGUAUCCUCACCCUGAUUGUCUGUAUGUUGUCCCUAAAAUAUCCUCACAGCCACCGGUCGUUGUUUCAGACACAGAAGAAGAUCCCCAGGAGAUUCUAAACUCUAGCUUAUCCUCAGUCCACGACUCGCCCCGUAACACUGUGUCCCUUGAACAUGAAGGGCGAACCAGCCCAAGCAAUAACUGUUGCGAGGCAAACAACUCGGAUCUACCUCGGCGCUCAUGCUCCUCAUGUGUCCUUAUUUAUGAACCUACUCCAUGUAUGCCAAAAACAGACACCCCACACAUGCCGACUCAUGAACCACCCUGUCCCUUGGAUAAAGGUCCUCAGAAUGUACCACUUCAAAGAUGGAAAAAGUCUAAGGGUAAUGAUGAUGCUUUCUUUAGAGCCUCAACAACAUUUGUGAUAUCAAGGGGCAAAAAACAGCGGUAUGAUGGCUUUGAGUGUGCUGAUUGUUGGGUAACAUUUAGCAACGUCUCAGAGCUACAUGAGCAUUACUUACAUCAUGCCAGGGGGAUGAAGUGAAAAUCAAUAUAUUUUUUCCACUAAUGGACAUUUGCAUCGGAAAGUAUUCAGACCAAUUUACUUUUUCCACAUUUUGGUACGUUACAGCCUUAUUCUAAAAUGGAUUUUUGCAAAUGUAUAAAAAAGAACUGAAAUAUCACAUUUACAUGUAUUUAGACCUUUUACUCAGUACUUUGUUGAAGCACCUUUGGCAGUGAUUACAGCCUUGAGUCUUCUUGGGUAUGACGCUACAAGCUUGGCACACCUGUAUUUGGGGAGUUUCUCCCAUUUUUCUUUGCAGAUCCUCUCAUACUCUGUCAGGUUGGUUGGGGAGCGUCGCUGCACAGCUAUUUUCAGGUCUCUCCAGAGAUGUUCGAUUGGGUUCAAGUCUGGGCUCUGGCUGGGUCACUCAAGGAUAUUAAGAGACUUGUCCUGAACCCACUCCUGCGUUGUCUUGGCUCUGUGCUUAGGGUCGUUGUCCUGUUGGAAGGUGAACCUUCGCCCCAGUCUGAGGUCCUGAGCACUCUGGAUCAGGUUUUCAUCAAGGAUCUCUGUACUUUGCUCCGAUCAUCUUUCCCUUGAUCCUGACUAGUCUCCCAGUCCCUGCCACUGAAAAACAUCCCCACAGCAUGACGCUGCCACCGGCAUGCUUCACUGUAGGGAUGGUGCCAGAUUUCCUCCAGACGUGACACUUGGCAUUCAGGCCAAAGAGUUCAAUCAUGGUUUCAUCAGACCAGAGAAUCUUGUUUCUCAUGGUCUGAAAGUCCUUUAGGUGCCUUUUUGGCAAACUCCAAGUACCUUUUACUGAGGAGUGGCUUCCGUCUGGCUACUCUACCAUAAAGGCCUGAUUGGUGGAGUGCUGCAGAGGUGGUUGUCCUUCUGGAAGGUUCUCCCAUUUCCACAGAGGAGCUCUGUCAGAGUGACCAUCGGGUUCUCAGUCACCUCCCUGACCAAGGCCCUUCUCCCCCGAUUGCUCAGUUUGCCAGGCGGCCAGCUCUAGGAAAGGUCUUGGUGGUUCCAAACUUCUUCCAUUUAAGAAUGAUGGAGGCCACUGUGCUCUUCGGGACCUUCAAUGCUGCAGACAUUUUUUGGUGUCCUUCCCCAGAUCUGUGCCUCGACACAAUCCUGUCUCAGAGCUCUACGGAUAAUUUCUUUGACCUCGUGGCUUGGUUUUUUCCUCUGACACGCAUUGUCAACUGUGGGACCUUAUAUAGACAGGUGUGUGCCUUUCCAAAUCAUGUCCAAUCAACUGAAUUUACCACAGGUGGACUCCAAGUUGUAGAACAUCUGAGGAUGAUCAAUUGAAACAGGAUGCACCUGAGCUCAAUUUUGAGUCUCAUAGCAAAGGGUCUGAAUACUUAUGUAAAUAAGGUAUUGCUGUUUUUUAUUUUUAAUACAUUUGCAAACAAUUCCAAAGACCUGUUUCGCUUUGUCAUUAUUGGGUAUUGUGUGUACAUUGAUGAGGAAAAUGUUUAGUUUAAUCCAUUUUAAAAUAAAUGUGGAAAAAGUCAAGGACUCUGAAUACUUUCCGAAUGGACUGUAUAUCAUUGUUUUUGAUGAGUACUAAGUAAGUUUCCGAGUUAACCAUGGUUGUCUUCAUAAAUAUAGCAAUGGGUAAAUUAAUAAUCCACUCAAAACCAGUAAUUCCUAUGAUUUACAUUGUUAAAUAACGCCAAUAUGUAUUUUCGUCGUUAUGUUAAGGAAGGAAGCAACUUGAAAAUUGUUGUGGAAAUUUGUUUGAGCGCAAGUCGACUACAAAACCCACAAUGCCAUAUUCUCUCCGGACAGAAGGGCUGGCUGGCUAUCUUGCUAGAAAACAGCUAUACACAAUAUUACCAAAGUCAAUAUCAGCAUGUGAAUUAGCUAGUUGGCUGUAAAAUCUCAAACACCACACUAUCAAUAUAGGAGUUACAGUCUCACCAUGUUCAACCUGGUAGAGAUUUUGUCUUGCUCAAAACAGCAAGUGAGUGAGGUUGUGAAUGCAACACAAUGGACCUGUGCUGCUAAGGUCUCUGGCAGGGUCAUUGGUACGUAGUUGGAGGAAAGGAUAUUGAUCUGACUGUGUACUUUGAGUACAUUUGAAAGAAAUAGACAGAUGGAUGUGUUCUAGACAAGUAUGCCCAUACCUUCUAUUGGCUGAUUUGGCGAGCUGGCGUACAGGUUAUUGUUUUAAGCAACAAAAUUUCACUUUUUGUGCGACCUGACCAAAUUCACAUUGAAAUGUGAAUUAUACAUCUGUCAUUCUCAUUGAACUCAAGUCUAAGAAGCGGUAGAUAUCCUAGUGUUUACCUGUGGUGCCAGGUAGCCUAAUAGUUAGAGCGUUGGGCCAGUAACUGAAAGGUUGCUGGAUCAAAUCCCUGAACUGACAAGAUAAAUAUCUGUCCUUCCCCUGAACAAGGCAGUUAACCCACUGUUCCCCGGUAGGCCGUCAUUGUAAAUAAGAAUUUGUUCUUUAACUGGCUUGACUAGUUAAAUAAAGUUAAAAAAAAUAAAGAUAUGUUCUAUGUGCGGAAUUUCUAUGCUUCCCAUUCUUAAUUUUGGUUUUUGCAUCUUUUACUUUAUUUUUUACACCAGCUUCAAACUGCUGAAAAUACAGUACCUUUUUGUUACUGAAAAGCGGUUUGAAUGGUAGAAUAAUUUUCUAAACUUGCUUGUUUUGUCACAAAUUUAAAUUAUGCGAACUAUAAAAAAAAAAAGCAACCAGGAAAUGGCAAAUUAUUUUUGCAUAUUGGACAUUUUUUAAAGGCGUAAUAAGGAUUAACCGACCAUCACCAAAUUGACAGGAGUUUCACUCCUGGAGUGGAUUAUCCAUUUAACUUUGAUAUUAACCUUUGUUUAUUUUGUUUUUAUAUUCAUAUUUACACUGAUUGUACAAAACAUUAAGAACACCUUCCUAAUAUUGAAAUCCCCCCCACCUGUGAAAAAUACCCGGCAGCUCCUGGCACCUACUACCAUACCCCGUUCAAUAUCCCGUUCAAAGGCACUUUUGUCUUGCCCAUUCACCGUCUGAAUGGCACACAUACACAAUCCAUGUCUCAAUUGUAUCAAAUUUCUUCUUUAACCUGUCUCUUCCCCUUCAUCUACACUGACUGAAAUGGUUUUAACAAGUGACAUCAAUAGGGGAUAAUAGAUUUCAACUGGAUUCAACUGGUCAGUCAUGGAAAGAGCAGGUGUUCUUAAUGUUUUGUACACUCAGCGUAUACUAUUUGAAUGUAUCCGGCAGAAAUCCGUUUUUCUACCAGUAGUUUUUUUGUACACUACUGCAAGAAUGUGCCUUUUGAAUAGAUUACAAACUUGUCAUGCUUUAAAUGGUUAUUCAUAUCCAGGGGUGGAAAAAGUACCCAAUUGUCAAUACUUGAGUAAAAUGAUAGAUACCUUAAUAGAAAGUUACUCAAGUGAAAGUCAACCAGGAAAAUACUACUUGAGUAAAAGUAUUUGGUUCUAAAUAUACUUAAGUAUCAAAAGUAAAAGUGUAAAUAAUUUCAAAUUCCUUAUAUUAAACAAAGCAGACUGCACCAUUUUCUUGUUAUGAAAAUGUACGGAUAGCCAGGGGCACACCCCAACACUCAGACAUAAUUUACAAAAGAUGCAUUUGUGUUUAGUUAGUUUGCCAGAUCAGAGGCAGUGGAGAUGACCACGUGUUCUCUUGAUAAGUGCGUGAAUUGGACCAUUUUCCUGUCUUGCUAAGCAUUCAAAAUGUAACAAGUACUUUUGGGUGUCAAGGAAAAUGGAUGGAGUAAAAAGUACAUGAUUAUCUUUAGGAAUGUGGUGAAGUAAAAGUUAUCAAUCGUAAAGUACAGACCCCAUAAAAUGACUUAAGUAGUACUUUAAAAUAUUUUUCCUGAAGUACUUUACACCACUGUUCAAAUCUGUCCUGCUGCUGUUGGCGAAGUUUUCUUUGUUGUCUUUUUGGAAGAGAUUUAUGUACACAAACACCAUGAGUGUCUCUCUUUUUAUUAUGUUUAACAUGGGAUAUAUAUUGCACAUUUGAUAACGCACUCUAAAUUGCACCCUUUGGGGAAACGGUUAGAUCUGCUUUCCAAACAGUCCAUAGUUUGGUAAUGGUGAUUACUUAAAACAUCUUUGAUUUCUGGAAGGUGGUUUGGCACAUUAUAGUAAAUCGGUCAUUUUAAAAUGUCAACGAUUUCAUUGGACAUUCAGUAAGCAUUACUCAUUGAAUCUUUAGGCACUGUGUGCACAGUACAACAUGAGUAUGAAAAUGUUUGAAAUGUAAUUGUAACACAAAGAUGUGAUGAAAAAUAUUAGUUAUUGAUUCUGUACUGGUAAGUUUAUUCUUUAGAUGUCACUGUCUCAUUAUCGAUGCAGAAUGUGUUUUGCUUUUGAUUUACAGUAGUCUUACAAUAAAAGUUGACAUUGGA